AGAGAAUUCAAUAUGGCGGCGGUCACGGCUCGAUCUGCAAAGAAGCGUGUUUCGUACCAUGACUUACACAAUUUGAGCACCGCAGAUCUUCUAUUUGAUGAAAAGAAAAAUAAAAGAAGAUCUGCAAGUAAAUAUUUGGGAUUUUUCGAGGCAGAUCGAUGACUUGAUGUCAGAAUUUUUAUUUUCUUUUAUUAGAUUUUCGCGCCAAGACUACUGAAUUUGAAUUUGCAUUUAAUACCUGGCAUAUUUUUAUUCCGAAAAGGACCUGAGAACUAAUUUAUUUCCCAGCAAGAACAUAAACAAAUAUGGCCGAUGAUUCGAAGAUCAGCGUUGCUCGUGUUUAACCAUUUCAGUCAUAUUUUUCAACAUGGCGUCUCGUCACUUAUUCAACAUGGAAAAUAAGGGAUAUUCUGGCGCGUUGGGAAGGUUUUUGAUGGAAGUAAAUGACAAUUUUACAGGAUAUUUUGACGCUUCGAACUCAGUAGCAGUCAAUUCGAUCGAGAGCAGUUUAUUUCAUUGCUGCACUUUCCUGUAAUAGGCGAGUGUUUGGGAUGGAGAACGACGGAUUUUGAAGAACUGUAUGGCGACUUAGGUCAAUGAACAAUGACAAAAGAACUGGCUCGGGAAGUAAGUUGUUUUUAUUUAUCGAGUGACUGUGAGGUUUGAUGAAUAGCAGAAUCAAUACUGAAUAUGACUCGAUCGAGAGCAGACGGGACCAUGAGCUCCUGAUUGUUAUAUUUUAGAAAUUUUACAAAUUUCCAUACAGUUUCCUAUAUUAUUUGGACGGCAUUAUGGACGAAAUGCGCAAGCGCGCCCGUCAUCUUGUCCAAUAUUUCUGCCAAUGUUUUUGAAGUCUUCUUGGCUCUAACAUGCCCAAAGUUUGGUGGUUUUAAUUUUUUAUUUAUUUAUUUAUUUAUUUUUUUAUACAAUCCCAUUUUGAAUUGGUUCCAAUGAAUUGUCUUAUUCAUUUAUAAAAGAUGAAUUACGAAUGAGACGCAAAAAUCUUGGGUUUACUUGAAUUCUGAAGUGAAGCUAUUAGUCAAGCAAAAUGACAGUUAUUUAUUUUUAAAAGUUAAGACGCGGAAUACAAUAUCGAUUGUCACGCAUCCUGAACAUAACCCGUGUUAUGGAGAGGUUAUGUGAACAUAACCUCUCCACACCAUAUGUUUAUGGGGGCUGAAAUGAAUUACUUUCUGUUAAUCAAUUUUAACAGCAAUUUAGUUCAGCAAAUAAACAACUUUAGUUAUAAUGCCAACACGGGCCUUCGCUUAAGAGUAUGUGUAAUAGAAUUCAUUGCCAGGUGUGAAAUUAUUUUUUCCUCUUUGAUAUUGACUUUAUUGUGAUCUUCAAAGGAAGAUGAUAACAGUAUCAUUUUCUCUUGCUAAAAACACUCAACUAAAGAAUUUUUGCUCAUGCACAACCUUUUAGUCGUAAUUGUUAAGUGUGGUUAUCAGGUGGUGUAAGAAAUAUUCGAACUGGUUUAUGUCUCUCAAGUCAUUCAAAAUCAUACUGAGUAAGAGUUUAUGUGGCUGAGAAAGGAUUUGUCGCCCAACUCUUGACUCUGGCAAAUGGUGAUGUUCAUGCAAACAGGAAAUCAGAUGGCAGAUAGUUGAUACAAAUAUCAAGAGACGAGACCUCUUAUAAGAAAUAGUUCGCUUUAGACUGAGGACAAGGACAAAAAUUGUUCGUGCUUCAACUCGCUUUUAUGCGCAUGCGAAGAUUUUUUGCCGAUAUAGAGAUGAAAAGCCCGUAGAUGAAGUCUAUGCAACAGCAAAUUCUUACGGAAUGUCCCUUCCCUUCGAGCCCUCGCUCAGCUGGGUCCUGACUGAUAAAAUUGGGAAGACCCUGGAAUCGAUAACCGGAGAGUGAAGCCGUUUCUUCACUACUUUUCUGAUCUAAAAUCUGAAAAUGAGUGUUCGAAAGUGAAAUUCACAGUUUCGAUAGCUGUCCACACGGGUGGUCCAGCCAAAAAUGCUAUGACUCAUUUCCUCGAAAAAGGCGUCGUUGUAUUACUUCAUCGAUUUCCUGUUUUCCUGAGAAUGUCACGCACUGAUAAUUUCUUCCUGUUUUCCGAGAAUGUCACGCUAAGAUAACAUUCAAACGCAUUUCCAUUUUUAAAACAUAGUUUGUAUAAAAAUUAUGAAGUCAUAAAAUAUUUUCCAUUAGCAGGUAAAGUGGUAUAGAGUUGGCGUUGUAUCAGAUCAGUUUUGCAAAACUGAUCCGGUACCGCCAGCUCCUAUACCACUCCAUCAUUUUCUCAUUCCUAAUGAAACAACUUACGGUUGAACGGCAAGUUUAUUGUUUCGAAAACAGCCAAUGACGAUGGCAAAAUCUUGGAGCUUUGCUGUGGGUGUGUAAAGUAGAUCCCUUCGCUUCUCACACUGCACGUAUUGACUUCAAGCUUGGUUUGAAUACGUAUCAUCGCAAGAAAAGUAUAGCAGAAGACGGUAAUGGCUGAGGCCAAUCUUAACGAAUCAGGUAAGGAUUUUUUUCGAGAUCACAAUGCGAAAAGUUAUCUUUUAACAAUGUGCACAAUGGAUAAAAUUCCCGGAAAACUGCUUCCAAAUUUGUUAGAAUAUUUUUUGCAAUUGGUACAACACAUGGAAAUUUCCGGGCCGUCAUCAAAGCCGCUCCUAGGCUGUUUCUGAGUGUAAAUUCCCGGUUAAGAAUGACUGAGCCGUUAGCAUUCCACUUUGAAGUAUUCAUUCGUGAAUAAUUCAGUGAUGGUAUUUUUCAUGUGCAGUUUAAUUAGGUCCGGCUCAUGAAAAGUUGACGUUUGAUUCAGGCCUAUCGUAACAAGACCGUGAUUACUUCAUCUUCUUCGGACUUGGAGAUAAUAAGUGAGCAAGCUGUAUGUUUUGCAGUAAAAAUUAGGACAUAGCGUGCAAGGAUGCAAGAGUCGUGAUCUGACCUACUUCGUGUGGAACGAAAUGGAUACAUAUGCGUUUUUUUAAAUGACGCUUCACUUCAAAUAGACGUCACACACCUGCUCGAUGUCGACUUCGUUAAAUGGCUAUUAAUAGUCGUUCACUGAGUACAGUACAAAAAGAUUCCAUGGAAAAUCAGUUCUAAAUCAACGGAGACGUGAUUAUACGUACGUUUAUAUUGGCGUCUAACACCCUGAAGACAGACGGAUUAAUAAAGUACAUUUCAUGUACGCGGGGGAAAAAAAGAAAGCCUUUCUAAGAGAUUGUUUCAUUGUUUAAUUGUUUACAUUUCACCUGCAUAUCAAGUGUUUGACGUAAUAAAUUUCUGCUCACACAGGGCGUGAAAUUGCGCCUAAUACAGGCGCCAAUGCGACUAAAUUUUUCACUUUGGCGACCAAAUCCUGAAAGUUAGUCGCCAAAUUGGCGACUACAACGUUUCAUCAUAACCUUCCCAAGAGAUAUAGUGAAUUAAAUAAAUUUGCAGAGAUAAAUCCGUGGCAAACUUCCUCGUUAAGUUUGUUUCCAAAACGUUGCACAUGCAUCUCGAUCGAUAACUAGACGCCAUCUUGGAUUUAGAUGAGCCUGAACGUUGUAUAUCAUACAUCCUAGUGUCUACUUUGUAGCACGUUAACGAUCUUUUCCCUAACUUAAUUUUGGAGGGUCUAUCUAGAACGCUGACAGCGUAAAGAAGAUUUUGUUUGUCUUUGGAAAUGGUGACCAUUUUUUUUUUAAUUGACUACCACUUUGAAGAAUUUAGGAGCCAAGUGGCUAUCAGAAAAAAAAGUUAAUUUCACGCCCUGUCACAAUAAGAAGUGUUUGGGGUCUUCCCCGUUUGUGUCUUUUUUUUUAUUUGUAAGAUCCAUUCCCAGCAAUGAACCAUAAAAACUGGAUAAUGAACACAGACCUCGCUCAACGUAGAGUCUCUGUGGCUCAGUGGAAGAGCAUCGGAGCAUGGAAUCCGAGGGUCUGAGGUUCGAUUCCUCAUGGGGAAUCCGAGUGUUUUCUUUAUUCCACGCUCGACACAAGGCGAAAAUAAUCUUUCUCUAUUUCUUUACCGAGCUCAAAACUUAACACCUCUCUUAUUUUAUUUACACUAUAGUCGUGCAUGUAGUUAGCCCAUUUACCCCGAAAAAAAAUUGUCUACUCAAGUAUGUUUCCUGAAUAAAAACAAAUUAUGCAAAUUACUCGCAGCAGUUUAAUUAAGUUCAGUUCCGUGACUUUUUGGCUAAUCAGACGUUUUAAAGAACAAAAACCUCUUAAGGAAGUUCAACCCCUCGCCUGCCAUUGGUCGAAAUUCAAAGGGUGUAGCGUAAAGGUUACUUCAGUGCUUUUGCUGUACGUGCAGACUUUUUGGACUGAAUCUGGGUGUAUAUCGUUAUCAGUAAGUUCAUCCAAACAAUGGCCGCAAAAGCAGGUGAGAAUCCUAACAUUUUCAAAGAUGCAUCAAUGUUGUUUGAUUGAAUUAACUGACCUGGAACUCUAAUAUAACUUUUUUCAACAAUCAAUGCAACAGUUGCACAGGAUCCCGCCAACUUUUUGGUGAAAGAUGUCGAAUGAAUGCGGAAAAGUAAUGUAAUGAAGCAAUACAUUAAAUCAUGUUCAGUUCGUUCGAAAAUAUUUGCUUUUAAGCCUCAAAGGUAGUAUAAAAGGGAAAAGAAAACCAGUCAAAACUGAUCUUACAUCGAGGUCUCUGCUUGAUUUCGGUGAAAAUACGCACUUUGUUCGAUGUUUGUUCUCGUCGAUAUCUCGUUUUGCCACCCCACAUCGUGUGCAUCAAUGCACACAAUACACACAACAAAAUUUUGAAUGAAUCUGCUCGAUCGUUUGGCCGCAGAUGAAGGAGACGAAAUGAAGACUUAAAAAGGCGUAUCUGCUCUUGAUGAUUACACAGCUACGUACUUUUCUGACAUUCUAAAUGAGAUGAUACUUUGAAAACACCUUCAUCAUUUGUUAUUGUUACGUAGCCUAAGGGUAUUAGGAUGGUGUUUUCCGUUUGAUGGAAAACCAGAUACCAGUACAUAAGGGACACUAGUUAUCCACUCUAAACCCACUGAUGAAGCAUGCAGUUUGAUAUCCUUCAACUGCUGUUGGUCGAGAGAUGGUAAUAUUAGCAUUAAGACCUUGCGCAAUCAAGCGAAGAGUCGUGCUGUCAGCAUAUUGAAGAGUAUAUUUGACCGUUCAGCUACCUUUCUCUACAUAGUAAUUAAAUGAACUUCCAUGGUUGAUCUUGAUCAAACAUUUGAAACCAAGCUUUUCUCCUCGCGUGAAAAUAUUUGCUGUUUAGCCACAAAGCUAGCGUAAAAGGGGAAAGAAAACCAGUCAAAACCGUUAUUGCAUGAGGUCUCUGCUUGAUUUCGGCGGAAAUACGCACUUUGUUCGAUGCUUGUUUUCAUCGAUAUCUCGUUUUGCCACCCACGUUGUGUGCAUCAAACAAGAUGUCGAAUGAAUUUGUUUGAUCGUUUAGCCAGGGGUUUACAGUUCAGUGGCCUCUAAAAUGCUGCUAGAUUAGGAACAGUUAAUUGACGCCCCCUCGGAUUGACACUCAGAGUAGUGUGCUGAGAGCUUUGUUAUGCUAAAUGGUCAACAAAUAGACAUCAGAUCUUGACACGACAUUUUCCCCAGGCUACAAAGAGGUACACUCGACUCCUUGAUUCUCAAAAUAUGUAAGCCAUGGCCGUGUUUGCAGAGCAAGAACAGUUCUGGUAUUUACAUUUUCCCCGAUAAUCUCAAAUACAAAGUGAUUAAAAGCCUCCGAUUUCAAUUUGCUUAUUAAUCUUUAGUUUUAAUGUUAUUUCGAUGAGCAUUUUCCGCACUGGUUUCAAGACUGCCUUUCUCUUAUAUCACGUACAUGAAGCAUAUCUCGUCAUUCUAAUGCUAUUUUCAUAAAUAAGGGAAACGUCGCAGAUGAAGGAGAUGAAAUGAACAGUUAAACAGAGGCGUAUCUACUACUGAUGAUUAAACAGCUACGUGCUUUGCGGACGUACUAAAUAACAUGAUACUUAAAAAACGCCUUUAUCAAUCGUUAUUAUUACGUAACCUAAGGGUAUUAGGAUGAUUUUUCCGUUUCAUGGAAAACCAAAUAUCAGUUACUAAGGGACACUAGUUAUCCACUCUAAAUCCACUGAUGAAGCAUGAGGGAUGAUAUCCUUCAACUGCUAUCGGUCGAGAGAUGGCGGUGUUAGCCUUAAUGAUAGUUGAGCUCGUAGAGAAAUGAAUUCCUCUGCAGCCGCGACUGAGAAGAAUUAACAAAUCGAAAGAGGUUUAGCGUGGUCUGUACUCUUAUCAACAACGAUAUUCAUCAUCAUAGUGGUCAAACUGUUAUCACAGUAUCGACGUCAAAUAAAACGAUUCUUUCAGUGCGUGACCAAGAUCGUGACAUGUUGACGCGAGCAGCAUAUCUGCACUCUUACCGACAACACCAAAUUGGCCAAUCAGAUUGUGACAUUAUUACCAAUUAUGGUAAAAUUAUCAUUAAAUAAUCAACGUGAAUGGCACUAUCUUGCAAGGCAAUCCCAGAAAUCGGGCAAACGAACCUUGUGAUCAUUAUUUCGGACAUCAACGUGCAAAAUACUCUAACAGUUUAAAGCACCCUGAUUAGCUUUUGGGAAAUUUUUACUUGGUUUUUUUUUAAAUGUCUAAUUUACAAUACAGGCUACUUAAGUAAUACAGAUAGAAACUUAAUCGGACAUUGACUAAGAAACUAGGAAAUUUUUAUUGCAAAUAUGUACGAAAUAACACUAAUGAUUACUAUAUGACGCAAUACAAUCUCAUGGAUUUUUUCCAAUUUUUUCUUCAGUUUCAGAGGCUGAUAAGGCUAGUGCGGCCAAAGCAUUCUUUAGUAGAAUCGUCACUCCCAUUAUUGAUCACUCGUCAGGAUUAGAUUUGUUGGACCCAUUAAUGGUGCAUCUUAUGGAAGAUGAGUCAAAAAGUGGACGUCACAUUGUGCCCGUAGAAUAUGUUCGAUCCUCCGUUUCCAGUACUCAAGACGUUAUAGAUGCAGUUAAAAGAGCUAAGAGGGAGAAGAAAGUCCUCCGUGUCGUUGGAUCGGAACACUCCGUAAACGCGGCCAUUUAUCCUAAAGAUGGCAUCACACUGGUACUGAAGGAUGACCUUCGAAAAGUAGAAAUACUGAAAGAAACCGAAGAAGAUGGCAAGAAAUGGUUGUACUGUUGUAUCGGAGGAGGCUGCUAUCUUGGCAAGGAUCCCUUAGACCCUCAUUCAACCUUCCAGAAUUCAGCUUGCUAUCAAGUGGCAGUCCAGGGGUAUGGCUUUCCUGAGCUGGGAGGAAUCAUCCAGCAGUCCGUUGGUGGCUUUAUCAUGACUGGCUCUGCAGGCGGAAGCUUAAAGCAUGGCUUUGCUGAUGUCAUCCAAGAGAUCGAGUUUGUAGACGGCAAUGCACAAGUUCGAACGGCCAAACCUAAAACUGAUCUUUGGUGCGCAGUAGGUGUUUCCAUGGGGCUGUUUGGUGUCAUUACCCGAGUAACAUUCCGUCUUCCACCGAUGCAGUUUAUCAAAGGGUCAGAGUCCAACCACAAGUUUGCUGACCCCAUGCUUGGACCCAACAACAAGGGGCAGAGCAAGCUCAAGGAAAGUCUUGAAGAAAACGAAUACAUGCGAGUAAACUGGUUUCCACAAAAGGAAGUGAUGCGUGUUCAGGAAUGGGUUGGUCAACAAUCCUUCGAAAAGAAAGAUAUUGUACCAUACAACUCCAUUUUGUCCAACAUAUUAGCAGCUGGUAUGGCAGCCAUCGCACUGUCCAUCUGCAAUUUCAUCCUGCAAAAGAAAGAUCCAACAGCGCUGGACUACGACAUCAUUGGCUUGAUAUUGUGUCAAUUUGUCCCCCUGAACGACAAACCGACCAAGUUCUACGACAUGUGGUAUCAUGCUCUGCCUAUGGACAACGAAGCCCAUGUGGACACCAUCAUUAGGGUGGACUUCACAGAGAUCUGGGUUCCAAUCAGCCAAUGUCAAACCGUGAUGGACAAGCUCCAAAAGCUGUUCUCUGAGAAUCAAAAAGCGGCCAACAACUUUGCCACUGAGAUCUAUGGCGCUAAGAGCUCUCCAUUCUGGCUGAGCAUGUCAUACCAACAAGACAUGGUGCGAGUCGAUCCCUACUGGUGGGCCUACAACAAGGGCGACGCUAGGACGUUCUUCUCGUACUUCUGGGAUAUUCUGCUGGAAAUCCCUGGAACUCGCCUGCACUGGGGCAAGUACCUUCCACUGCCUGGUCAAAAGUGUGGAAACACCACAUUCAACGCAGAUUAUCUGAAGAGUGUUUACCCUAAGAUGGAUGAUUGGUUAAAGCUGCGAGAACAACAUGACCCCGACCAAGUGUUCAUGACCGAUUAUUGGCGUGGUAUCCUCGGCAUAAAACCCAAGACUCAAUAGAGUGUCAUUUGAAAAACUGGUAGAAAUGCAAAUGAUCUGGACCCAUUGGAAACUUUAGUUUUUUGUGACUGUAGACUUGACGAGAACAUGAACUUUGAGGUGCUUUAGAUAAAAACUGCAAUCGUUUGCAGCGUAAUUACCUGAGAGUAUAAGUAACCAAACACUGAUCAAGAUUUAUUCAGACAUACUAUUCUUGUACUUCCAGGCG